AUGACUUCGCCGAGGCACGCCGAUCGAUUCGUCGAUUGCCCGGGACCGUGCAACCCGCGGAACAGAGUGUGUCGACGAACCUGCGUUCAGAACGUCAUGUCGAUCUUGGAUGAGCUACCGCCGUGUAUUCGAGCGAGGAUCUGCCAGGAAGACCUGCUCGCUGUGCUCAUGAAGGACCAAGAGAUCGAGCAGGAAUCAGUUAAUCCACUUCCGGUGGAACCGACGAGGGAGACUCGGCCGGAACCAACGCAGAGACCGAAGAAAGAUUUGUCAACGUCGAGUCGUUACAAGCCGGACAAUGGGAAACCAGAGCGAGACAAAGACGCGGAUAAUCCCUACCCAACUGAACAGAUGAUAGGGGAAGGAACGCAGACGAUGGAAGAGAAACACGUGCAAACUACGGAACAGAUUGUUCACGAGGUGACGUCGAGAUACAGAUCGGUGUCCGCGGGAACGAGAAGUCUUCGCCAACGGACCGAGGACGCGUCGAUCCUGGCUCGCAGUAUCGCCAACACUGGAAUACGCGGAAUACGUACGCUCGGAUCGACGAGAAUGCCGUCGUGUCCUUGCUCUCUGAUCAACACGGCAGUCUACGUCGGUUUGCUCCUUCUGCUGGCGAUAUUCGCCAGGCACAGUCCGACUUAUCAAAUUUUUCUGUCCAGUCAGAUCUGCGGAAUCCUCGCUAUACUCAGCUGGAAAUUCUCCGGCAGAGUUCCGAUAUAA